AUGGUACAGAGUAACGGAGCUGGGUAUACCAGCGACCACUGGGCGAGCAUCAGCCCGUAUAGCCAAAGUCCUUAUGGAAACAGCCCUCUAAAUGAGUAUGGCGCCACCUUUGGCGGGUUUAUAUCUCACGGGUUACCAUCAGAAUCGCUCAACAGAAUGCCUCCGCCCAUUCAACCUCCCAUUCCUCCGCCCUCGACGCAUCAACUAAUACAGCCUGCGCCGCUGAUGGGCCAUCACCAAUUGCCGAUGCUGAAUACACAAUGGCCGAGUCAGUUGACAAACCCAACUCCAUCGGGGAGCUACUCUGCUCCUCCAUUGUCCAUCGCGCCGGCAUCCAGCUUGCCCACGGUUGACCCGUCGCCGAGACCCCCUGUGCAUCACGAGAAGGCGAGAAAGACACUGAGCGCAGAGCAAAAACGGGCCAUGUGCCAAUAUCACGAAGAUAACCCGGGCACCAGGCAGGCAGAUAUCGGCGCAAAAUUUGGUGUUGAAAGAAGCACUGUAUCCAAGGUGUUAAGACACAAAGACCAGUACCUCAAGCAAGACCCGGAACCAGAUAGUUCAGCACUCAAGCGUCUGAAGGGGAAACAUCCGGAUUUUGAUCGAACGCUCAGUAACUACGUCCGUCGACAACAACAACGAGGCUUUGAAGUCAAAGACGAGGAGAUAAUCGAACAAGCAAGGCUCUUUGCUCGCGCUAGCGGCAGCCAAGACAGAGGGUUGACUAACAUUAAUAGCAACUGGCUUCUCAAAUUCAAGCAAAAGCAUGGCAUAGGGGCUGGCCGGCUAAUGCGCCGCGCCUCCGAGACCAACAUUCCAGACCGUAUUACCACAGCUCUCCCACGUUUCUCAGGGGAUAAAACAACCACUACCAUCUCUCCUGUCUCUCCGACUCAGCAACUCUCCCCUCUAUCUGCUAGCCGCAGCGAUGAGGACUUGCAAGCUGAAGGACAGGAUUUCAAUUUCCAAUACGGACAUGCUGGGUCACAUUCCUCUACAUCGUUGGCCAGCGACUUGAGGGACUCAGGUGUUUCGUUUCCUGGUGACACGAUGAGCCCAACAGCUCCCUUUCAGUUCUCACCCGAUCCCAACGUUGGAGCGUUUCAAAACAGUCUACAUAUACAUCCUACCGCCCCUAAUUUCCAACAACAUCGCGGGAAGAGAAGCAAUACUUUCCCUUCUCUUAAUAUCGACUGCGUGAACCAGGAUACAAGUGCCGAUCCACUGACCCCUCGACACGCAUCUGCCGUCACGUCAGCUUCAACGCUUGAAUCGCCGACAAAUGAGAUCCGAAGCACUCCUUUCACGCUUGAUACAACAGUGUCAUCACCUCCGGCUUUACGCCGCAGCAGCAGCAAUUCAAGUAUUGCUGCGCGAUCAAACAACCCUUCCACAAACACCAGCUCUGUAUCUUCGACAACUGCUGACUCUUCGCCAACAUCUCCGACCCCAGAGGAUGCUAGACGUGCCGCGGAAACGCUGCUAAAUUAUCUGCACAGCAUGACACCCAACGGACCGUUUGACAAAAGCGACUACGCCACCAUCGUUCAACUUACAAAGAAGCUACAGUUACAUCAACAUCAAACUACGCGCCCUUCUAUGGGAGGGCUAUCGAGGAUCCCCGAAGGCGAUGAUGGGGAAAUUCAAUCCUUGACCGAGCCAUCAAUGGUAGAGAUAUGA